GAUGACAGAUUAAAAAUUCAUAGUUUUGAACGAUCAUUUUAAAUGUCUACAUAAUUAGUCUGACCUUUGUUAAUUAAUGGAAUGUGAUAUAGAGGAAGCAAUAGAGAAUUUUUUAAAUGUAAAAUGUGACAGCUUUUCAUAAAAUCUAGUUAAGUUAAUAUUUGAAAAUAAUACUAACCUUAUUUCAUCUCCAUUAAAAAUAUAAUUAAUGAAACCUGAAAUUCGAAUAAUUCUAUCGUCGUUAUUAUCUGAUAUGAAUUCAUAUUAUACUUAUUUCAUUCUUACUGACUUAGAUAAUAAAAAUCUUUUAAAUGUUAAGAUAAACAUAUUUGUAUUGAGCGAUAAUUUUAUUGAUUAUUUUAUAAUCUAAUUUGAACAUCAAUUGAAAUCGAUUAAUAAAUCUAUGUAUACAUUUUCAGAUAAUUUUAAAUUAAGCAAUACAAUUAAUCACUAGAAUAAUUCUAAUCAUUCAAAGUAAACUUACGAAACUUUAUCAAAUGAUUUAUUGGGUAACAUCUUCUAAUCAAUUUCCCAUGAAUUUGGUACAUUUUUGAAUUGUAUUUUAACUGUUUCAUCAGAAGCAAUGGAAAAUGAACUAAUAAAUGAAUAAGUUAAAGCUACCUACAUAGAACCAACAUACAUAAAUUCUAAGUUAUUAUCGUAUGUACUAUAGAGUGUAAGAGAUUUCAAUACAAUUUUAUUGAAACAAUUUGCUUUGAGACUCUAAGAAUUUAGUCCAUUUGAAAUAAUUUAAGAGAUUUAAUAUCUACUGAAUUAACAAACUACUUAAAGAAAUAAUUAAAUUAUUAUCAAUUGUCCUUAAAAUCUACUGGUGUAUAAUGAUCAAGAUAGAUUUAAAUCAGUAUUGUAUUAAUUGAUGAGUAAUUCCAUAAGAUUCACUGAGAAUGGUAUCAUAACAGUUUCUAUUACAAUUUAUAAGAGUAAAAUUAAAGUGAAAGUUUAAGAUAAUGGUAUUGGGAUGAAUUUAGCAGAACAAUAGAAAUUGUAGAAAUUAUUAAAAGAUAAUACAAAAUUAUUAAGAAUAUCACAUAAUUCUGUUGGAUGUGGAUUAGGAUUAAGUAUUUCGAAUGCCACAGUAUUGAAAAUGAAUGGAAAGCAUGGAAUUCAAUUCACCAGUGAAUUAUAAAAAGGUAGUGAAUUCUUUUUUACAAUAUCGAAUUCUUAAUAGUUAUACAAUGAUAGUGUAUAUGUGGCUAGUCAAACUUAUGUUAAAGUUUUAAAUUAAACUUAUUAUUUAGAACAAUAACCAGGAUCUGAAAGUUCAAAUAAAGGAUAAAUAUAAAGUAGUGAACAUAAGGAAGAGAAUGGAGAUACUUGGAAAGAAAAAAGAUUAUUUUAGAGUAGAAUCAGAUACCUAAAAUCAACUGAUUCCAAAUCAUAAUUUGCUAUACCUUAAAAAUUGCAAUUGGAAGAAGAUGAAAUUGAAUCUAGGUAAGAAGAAUCAAAAAUUAUGAUUCCUUCUUUAUAGGCUAGUUUUAAAUCUGAUAUAGUUAAAUUUAGUAUUGGAAGCAAUUGUUGUAGUAGAGUUCUUAUAGUUGAUGAUGAAUAUUUUAAUAUUCAGAGUCUAUAAUUAAUUUUACAUAGAUUUAAUGCACAUUGUGAUUUUACUUUUAAUGGAUUAGAAGCAAUAAAAAAGAGUCUUUAAAAAAUGAAACAACCUUGUCGACAAUGUUAGAAUACUGGUUAUGUUGUAUUCUUUCUUGAUCUCAAUAUGCCAAUAAUGGAUGGAUUUGAUACAGUCAAAAAUCUAAAGAAAAUGAUGCAUGAUAAUUAGAUUCCAAAAGGAAUAUGUAUUGCAAAUACUGGUUAUGCAGAUUUAGAGAGUAAAUAGAAAGCUUUGAAUUCAGGAAUGGAUUUUUAUAUGAUCAAACCUAUUUAAAUAAAAGAAUUAGAAAUGUAUUUAAAGAGAAGAUUUCCUUAAUGA